CACUAGUAUACAUAAUGGCAAGGAACGUUUCUUGAAGCACUCUCAUCUCACCCAUGGACGAGCAAGUAACCAUCAGAGCACUCAUGAACGACCAUCCCAACGUACUCAGGCCAGCUGGUUAUACUUCAUUAUACGAAAAACCACUACCAAUGCCACCAAUUCAUAAUCAUGCCCCAUCAAGUUCAACUAGUUGGAUACACUCAGAGAUGGGACCUGACCAUCCAUCAACCGCCUUACCGCCUUCCAGCUCACUUUCUCCCAAUCACCACCCCGGAUCCCGCUCACGCUCCCCGACGCCAUCUGUACCUGGUGAAUCUGGGACCUGUUCCCAACAUUACGGUACUCAGAAUUUAACCAAUAUGAGACUUGCUGCGGAUACUUCAAGUCUAGACGAGUCUCCAUCUGCUGGCAUUCCCCUCGUACCAGACCAUUCAUUUCUACAAACACCUCUUGUGCGGUCGGUCUCCGAGGGCGAAUCUUCUUUUCGGUUAGAUUCAUCUCCAACACAUUCAUUUGCACGACCCCCCAAGGUGCCACCGCUCCCAGAUCCUUCUCAGUUCCCAGACCCAUAUCCCCAACGUUCCCAAUAUUCUCGCAUGUCUGAUAGGCUCUCUUCCACCCUGCCGGCUCUCUCUUCCGAAGGUUCCUCUUCCGCAUCCACACGUUCGUCUGCAUACACUAGCUCCGGAAGUGCACUAACAUCGAGUGACUAUGGCCAUGUUCACGUUGCUACAGGAGAGGACGACGAGAUUGGUGUCGCAGUGGGAAUUUCGUCUGAUGACGUGGACCAGAUCUUGCAGACCAAGACCGUUACUCCUUCGUCUGCAGGAAGGACUCCAAUAGACCAAACCAGGUGGUCAGAAUACUCAGCGAGUAUUCGAUCCAGGUCAUCUUCCAUCGGGCAAAAUAACAAUAACACUAACAGCAUGCAUGAAAGCGGCAUGCCACGUCUUCGAGAAAACCCUAGCUUCGACAUGGGUUGGCAAACAGUAGAUGAGAGAGAUGAAGUUGGUUUGACAAGUGACGAAGAAACUGACGACCUCGGUGAGGAAGAUGACGAGAUUGACGACAAGGAGGAGGAAAGGACAUCUGCGGUAGUGGUAGCGGAAGAAGGCCGCGGCCUCAUUGUUACAGGCGAAGGCAUCCCAGUUGUCCAGCUACGUGUUGAGCCAGGAACUACGCAUCUACUACUGGGAUCGUCUAGCACACCCGGUACGGUACCGACUUUCCUGCUGGGCGUCCUACCGCAAAUAUGCAAUACCCUACUCGCGCUCGACAUUUCCGCCAACUUCUUGAAUGCGGUUCCUAUUGCCCUUGCUUCAUGUGAGAACCUGGAAGAGCUCAAUGUCGCUUCCAAUCCUCUUCGAGUCUUGCCCGCGUUCUUGACUAAUCUCACGUCCUUGCGUGUGCUCAUCGCGGAUUCUACUGGUAUUGGUAGCCUUCCCGAUUCAUUAUGCGUGCUCGAUAAGCUUCACACCCUUAGCGUUCGGAGGAACAAAAUGCAUUCCCUACCCAGCUGGCUGUGCCUCUUGCCUUCAUUGCAGGAGCUUUAUCUUGAUGGCAACCCGUUUCAGGGACCUUGGCAAGCUUUGGUCGAGCCUCUGCUCGCUAAAACUUCGGUACCACCACUUUAUCCCCCCUCGGCAUCCAUUAUCCCCCCUUCUCCCGCCAGCCUCGUUGAUUUGUCUAUGGGGCCAGAGACAGACACGGAGUCGGAGCCUACUAGUGCGGGUCCGGAGGGGCCAUCAGUCUCUCAAUUUGAUGACGACACUAUUACGCCAGCCCGUGCUCCAUUUCUCGGUCGUUCCGUAACCUCUCCUUCAACGCUACCCCUCCCCAAGGCUGCUCCGCGGGGUUUAAUACGCACCAAGACUGCUCCAAAUGGAUCAUUUUUCAGUUCAAAAUCGCGCCCCAGAACUGAGGUGGCUGAUGGACUCGGGAUGUCGAAGCGCGUGGAAGACUCGGGUUACUACACAGAUCACGAUCUGCGGAGAAUGAAGAGCGCGGGGGAACUACGUUCAUCUUUCGAUCAACGUGAUUCUCAAAUUUCUCCGCAGGACUCACCCAUCGUCACCCCUGCCCUCCCAGCGCUCCCGAAUUAUUCGACCUCAGCGUCCAGCUUGAAUUUGCUUACCGUGGUGGGUGCCUCACCGGAAUCCGAUCGCCUGAGUGUACCCAAACGAUACGCCAGUCUUGGCGUUUCUUCGUCAUCUUCUACCGUCACGCGUAAUCCGCGGCCAUCCUUACCUCAGGCACUGUUCGAUCCGCCUUCAGGCACUCUAGAGCCCACAGCUCCCGAGUCCUCACGUAUAUCUGCCGUCGAAACUAUCUCACCGGCAACUUCUCCGCGUCGAAAGCUGGCACGUGAUCCGCCUCGAUCUUCACCAGGUUAUGGGGAGAGGAAUAGCCUUGCAAGGCAGUCCCAAUCUCACUCCAAGGACAGAGAAAAGAGCGGGCGAUGGGGUUUCUUGAAGAAAAUGUCGAUGGGGAAGAUGCGACCUGGACCCGACUCUCCUGCUUCUCCAUAUCGUCCGACCACUACGCACAACCGCACGUCUCAGCCCGAGUCGGGGAUUGUAUCUGCCUCAAAUCCUACGACGCCGCACUCAAGCACGUCGCCUCAGAUUGACCUUCGCUUCUCUACUACGGAAAUUUUUGGGCCAUUCACGGGUGGUGCCCCUCCUGUCACUUUUUCCCCACCAGAGCUAGAGAAUGAGACUGAGAAUGAGACUCCAACCUCCGAAAAGGCUUCCCCUAUUCCGCCGCCUGCUAUUCCUGGCAGUUUCCUUAUUCCAUCAUCUUCUCCUGUUCCGCGGUCAUCCAGAAGAAGGAGUUUCUUACCGGUCGAUGAUACAGUGACUAUUCCUUCAUCGUCACCUGUACCCUUUCUGGAACGUCUAUCAGGCGGAAAUGACGCGGAUGAGCCCGGGUCCAAUAUCUCGUCAGGUCCAGUUCCGGAUUCAGAUAGCGUCGACUUUGCUACUCGAAGAGAGGAGGAAAGAACCCGAGAGGCAUACACACGGGCUUUACGCUCUGUUAUGGCGUACUUGAAGGAUAUGAAUGAUCUCGGCCUGUCUCAGGGUGGUAAUACCGUCAGCGUGUAUUCCGGAGGGGAAGAGAAUUUGUCGAGCGGAAUGCGCUCGCGUAGGCCGACGAUCAUUGAGAGGACAAAUUUCGAUACGUCCGCAAUGUCGACGAUUUCUCGAGCAGGAUCCAUGUCUGCGCAGCUACGGUCUCCUGAUACUAUGUCCGGUUUGCGCAGUGGGACGGCUUCACAGACGGUCAGCGUUGCUGCCUCGGACUGUUCUCAAGAUGAGCGAAAGUACAAGGACGAUAAGAGCAGGCGUGCACUUGUGGUUCGAGAGAUUGUCGAGACGGAGAAGACGUACGUGAAAGGCCUCCAAGAACUUGUCGACAUAUACAUCAAGCCUAGUGCUGCUCCUGUCAACCUGAUCAGUGGUGUUGGUUCUAGCAAGGAAACGACCAUCCCCUCAGCAGAGAGGAAGAUCGUUUUCAGUGGCAUUGAAGCACUCUUUUCGUUCCACAAGGAAAGCUUCCUUCCGUCGCUGGAAAAAGCAGCGGCUCCGCUGCUACAAAAGCCUCCUGGAAUUGAAGAGUUUGAUCCUGACGGUCAGUUGUCCGUGGAGGUAGCGACAGCUGUGGCUGGAUGUUUCUUGAGAUAUGCUGCUUUCAUGAGGAUGUACUCGACAUAUAUCAACAACUUUGACAAUUCUGUCCAGCGCAUCAGAUUUUGGUCGACAGAUAGGCCUGUCGCAGGAAACAUCAGCCCAGGCUCUACCAUAACACCCUCCUCCAGCACUGCUCAACUUGUUGGGCUUGGUCUUGCUAUCUCCUCUCCUUCAGAGAAAGUCGUGGUGCCUGAUCCAUCUUCUCCGAGUCAUACAGCACAUUUAACGUCUGGACAACGGAAACGAAUAAAGCACUUUUUGAAACGUUGCCGCUUGAAUCCUCGCCAUUCACAACUUAAUAUGGAAGGCUAUUUGCUUUUACCAGUCCAACGAAUACCACGGUACCGCCUGCUAUUGGAAGAGCUUUUGCGGAGCACUCCACCAUCGUAUACCUUUUUAGAUGACUCGCUGGACCGAGCUCUGGCAGAAAUAUCUUCGUUGGCAAAUAACAUGAAUGAAGGCAAACGAGAGUCUGAAUCCCGACGAAAACUCGUUCAAUGGCAGUCAAGAAUACGAGGCAAAUUCCCCAGCCCUCUGGUGCAACCACAUCGACGGCUUAUUAUGGAUGGACCCCUACUGCUCACUAGGGUGGUGCGAAAGACGGUCGUUUCUUUUGAGACGUUCAAUGCUCAGGGGGACGCCUCUGCUGUUCAAGUUGAUUGCCUAGCGCCAGAGCUGAACCCCCGGCCACUCAUUGGAAUACUGUGUAACGACCUUCUUGUUCUCUGCAGGGAUCCUAGCGACGGGAAGGAUCCGAUGUCUGCGGUUGACCUGUGGGCGGUGCUGCGGAUGCAGACUUUACCCCAGCCGGCAAGCAUCGUCCAUGGAACUGUUUUGCGCCUGGUUGACAACAAGGCUAUCCUCUAUUUCGAUGCUCCAUCACCUUCUGACGCUUUGAACUGGUUUAGAGCCAUUAACCUGCAUAUACCUUCUGCAAAAGCAUAGACGCUUAAGAUUACCAUCGCGCCUAAAACCUAGUGCCCAACCUCUGUGCAUUCAUUUCUAGCUCGCUGGAUGGGCACUCUGAUACGUAUAUAUACUGUCAUUAAGUUUCCUGCAUGUUGCAUUCGGUUUCCGUCCUCAACAUUAUCUUCCCACUGUAUUUCACUCAUUACGCUUUUAACUCUCGUAUGGCCAGGUAGAAUACAUGAAAUCAUUAUAAGUCCCGAAACCUCAUUCCGCCGCGAUGCAAUGGAGCGUUUCAAAUUUCA